CUAUACUUGGCUUUCACAGUUUGGACGCCUCCUCCUCCGCCUGCAAAGCCCAGCGCGGUGAUCCCCUGCACGCGGCCCCUAUCUUCCUCUGGCUGCGCGAGUCGGAGUGCAUGCUACGAGGACUCGCUAGCUUCCCCUGCUUCUGAGCUUUCUGCUGCUGUCGAGCUCUGCCGCACCUCACGCUGCGGUGGUCGAUUCCGCACCCAUUUUCUGUUUGGCCAUCACUGUUUUUGCACAUUUUGGAUCUCAAUGCGGCUGCUCCACUCGCUGCUGGCACUCGCGGUGCUGCUGAUGAGCGUGCGCUUCUCAUGGGCUGCAAUCCUGCUUCUGCGCGUAACUUUGUGGACAGCUACACGCCUGCUGCAGGUGACCGUGCUGCUCGUGGGCAGUGGAAGCUUCUGGUGGGUGCUGCGAUCGUAUCAGUUGCAGAAGGAGCAGGAGCUAUUGGACCAGGCGCUACUCAAAUUCAAAUGCUACAACAGAUACCGAAGCCGCGUGGGUAGCGGCAACAACUUCAGCGCUGGUGGCGAAAACGGAUUCUCUGCUUCGACCUCUGGGGGCACCAUGACCGAUGCUGGCUUCCAGCUGAGAGUACUCAAGAGACUGCCUAUUGUAGCGCACUUGCGCACGUCCUGGAACUUACCGUCCGAGAUUUGUGACGAGAUCGCGGCCCUAGUGAAGUCGAUUGUGAGGGACUAUGUGAAUUACUGGUUUCAAGCCAUUUCUCCCAACGAGGAGUUUCCCAAUGACGUCAAAUUUUUACUGGCAGAUCUGCUGGGUGCAGUCGCUUCGCGAGUGUUGGAGAUUGACUCAUCUCAGGCGCUUACGAUGGUGGCGAAGAGCUUGGAGCUGUUGAGGUUGCACUUGGGCUGGUUUCGAGAAGCUUACGCGCAGUUGGCCGACGAGUAUCCAGAGUUCUUUGAAGGCGACGAAAGUGACUCUAAUCUGCUCAAGCGACAGGAAUAUGUGACGGCAUUUGUACAGAGAUCGCCGUUUGUUCAUCCGGGUUGCGUGGGGACUGGAACUCCAGCGACACCGACAGCUGCAGGACACAGUAACAGCAAGAAGAGCGUGAGUGAAAAUGCAGAAGCAGCUUAUCUUCGACAUGUUGCGACGCAAUUGCUGACUCAAUUGAGGCCUCAGCUGGGGCAACAGCAUGGCACCAAUGUGUUUGUGUCGAUCGCAAUGAAUUUACUGCGAGAAAUCACGGCCUUUAAUAUCCUCAAGCCUCUGUCCGAGUACUCGCAGCCACGCUAUGCAAACGAGAUCGUGUUGUCCUGUCUCCAAUCGUUUCUCGAUGACAAAGAUGUGGUCCCAAUGUCUUCAUCGGGUAAUGGUGUUGGAAUGGUGCCAAAUUUGACGCUGAAUAAACUGCGAUCGACGUCCAGCUUCUUGUAUAAGGCCAGCAGACGCAGUGGCGAGCAGGCAGAAGCAGCUUUUCAGGCGGUCGUCGAGGCUGUGGCUAGUGCUGCGUCCUCGGCCGCAGCAGGUGCAGCCGGUGCAGCUGAGAUGGUGUUUGAAGGAGAAGACUGGGCUGAUACAAGUAAUCCGUUUGUGUUUGGUAGCGCUGUGUUCGCUGCCAACUCGGGUGGAUCAGCUGGUGAAAAGAAAGCGAUGCCUUCAAUUUUUACGCUGGACGAUCGCCUUAAUGUCUCUAAGGCUGCAAAGAUGAUGAAUCCUCGUGGAUUGAUUCCAGGUGGACUGCUGUCACACAAGAUGACCAGCGAGAAUAGUCGUAUAAGCUCGCACAUGGACGACUUGAAAAACGCUAAGGCUAAUAUCGGCUCCAGCUUGAACUCGUCUAUUGGAAAAGUAAAGAGACGCUUUCGUACACUUGGCAGUCAUCAAAUGGAGCCACUUUCCACCCCUCCUCUUACUGCUGGAGCGGGUGCUGCAGCACGAAUGAUUCGGAAACCAGGGCAGUUAUUUCAAAAGGCGUGGAAACGAGGAGAAUCAGGCGUGGCCUCACCGACCCCUUCGUUUGAUGAUGGUGCAGUCACGCCUAGAGGUGGUCGCGACAGUGCGCAUAGCAUGAGCUCGAUUAAUUCCCUGUUGAGUCCCAUGAGUGAUGAAGUGGAAAUGACCCCUCGAACGGCGAACGAAACGAUGAAAAUGGCUAUGGUGCGUGAUCGUGUUGUGGUGCAUUUCGAGAAAGCAGUGGCGAAUUACACAAAAAUGUAUGAGGAAUGUCCUGAAAUGCACAGCUCAGCGCGCUCACGUGAGCUGUACGAUCUCCUUUCCGCGCUGGAAGAUAUUUUCAUGUUAGGCUUUCGCAAUCACGCUUCAAAGAUGUCUUCAUUUGAAGAUGAGGAGGACAACAAAGAACUUUCAACUCCCCCACAUUCUCCAAACGUUAGACGACGCUCAUCCCUGCCAGUUACGAAAGUGGAUUUGACGUCUCCGCAUCGCGAUAGUAUGGGCACGAAUACAGGGAGCGAUUCCGAUGAAGAUGCAGAUGACAACCAGUAUUAUUGGGAGUAUCUGGCGCGAGACAGACCUGGUGCAGAGAGUUUUAAUGCUCAUUGGCGUUUUGUGGCUUCUCAGUGUCCAAGUUGCAGUCCGAGCGAGUCAUUUGUUUCAACUCGUGGAGUUCAGUGGCUACUGGGUGCUUUAGCGAGAGGAUCGCUGGGGACCUUCUGCGCUGAGUUAUAUACUCACAGCGACGUUACGGAAUCAUUCUACGAAAGCUUUGCUAUUUUAUUUGAUGGGACGCUUAUGGAAUCUGUGGUGAGGACUCUAUCCACGCUUGAUAAGCUUAAAGUGUGCUUUGACGAAACUACUAGUUUUCUUUUGGGGCUACACAACGACGCAGGCCAAGAUCUCGGUAUUUCACCUUCCAACCAGUGGCGAUCUCGUAGUGUGACCUCCCCAAGCGCCCCUGUUCGUGUGUUGGAACGAGUAUGGGAGACUGAGCGUUAUGUUCCAAUGAAUGGGUGGGUCAAAGCAACGGAUAAACGGUGGAACGAGCUUCCAUCAUCCGAGUGGGUUUGGGAGGACGAUUGGACAUUAGAAACUGCAGGAACUGACGCGGGCGAAUCAUCAGACAGCGAGACGCCCAACUCAUCGUGGGAAUAUGCCAAGACAUUCGACGACAAUUUCCACGAGAAAGAAAAGAAAUUCGAUUCCGUGCGACGACGACGGUGGAUACGUCGAAGGUAUCAACUGCCUCCUGUCCUGACACUUGCAUUUCCGUCGAUGUCUCAUGACACUUUCAGUGUGUCGUCUCCAUUGGCAACAUCAGCCGUUCCUAAUGGCUUGGGCAGGGCGAGGAAGUUGAAACAACGCUUUAACGUUAUGAAACUUGAUAAGAAGAAGGACCAGGGAAUUACCGCUAAGAUGUCGAUGCUGAGGAGACGAUCGAAGAGUUUUGAUAAGGAGAUGCCAGACAGUCCGAUGAGGAAUUCAACGCUGGGGAUGAUGGACUCUGAUGACUCACAUCAAACAUCAAGUAAAACGUCGGCCUUUAUGAAAGCUCGCGCCUCCAUCCCAUCGCUUCGCCGUGGAGUUUCCAACAAGAGUAUUAAAUCCUCUGUGUCUGAGGCGCAAUCGGUAUCAACGCAACUCUCUGUGGACGAUGACCCUGUUACUCUCUACGACAAUGAUGAAGAGGAUGAGGAAAAUCUAUGUUUCCGCUGUCUCAAAGCGUUUCCAGCGUCGAAAUCCGGUGUGGGGGCCUGCCAAAGCUGCCACCAACGCGUGUGCGCUUCGUGUCUGAAUUUCCACGCUUUUAUGGUGUAUCCGCCGCCGCUCGAAACGUCCAAGAAAGCACGAGUGUGUGGGAACUGCUACGAUCGCCUUGUGAACAAGUACAAGCUGCGUAUAGAGGCCCAUGUCAGCAAAUACUUGAUCAAGGAGCGCGAACGUGAUAUGGAUACAUUCAGCUUCAGCAUGUCCAACAGCUCGAAUGGAAAUCCUACCAACGGUACCCCGCCAUCUCCUUCGAGUAGCGGUAGCCAUGUAGGUGAUUCCGCCUUGAGUCCGAGUAUUAACCGCGCAGGGAGUACCAAGUUCGAGAUCACUGUCAAGAUUAAGGACGACAGUGCGUACGCCUGGAGUGUUAUCAAGACUUUCCACGACUUCGAAGUGCUGGAGAAGCAGUUGGCUGAAAAGCUCAAGAAACAAGAGAAAAAGUGUGGCGUGGGGUGUCAGGCGUGUCAUUUGAGGGGUGUCGAUUACAUGGAGAUGAUUUCCAUCAAACCUUCUCUGAAGACGGUAGCGGCGGCAACUCUGACGUACGAGAAGCGGCUGCACGUUCUGGAUCAAUUCUUGCAGCAAUUGUUGGCGUGUGAUACGUUGUGUCAAAGCUCAGUGGUGCAGAAGUUCCUUUUACUUGCCAACGCCUACGGGACGUCCCGUACGAACAGCAAUCCGUCGAUGUCCGCGUGGGAACCAGGUGAAAGUUUGAAUUCGCCGUCAGCAUCGUCUUCUACCGGCGGUGGUGUAUUGGGCAACGCAACUGGAGGUGGUGCCGCUGGAGUGGGUGGUGCUGGAGGUGUACUUGUGGAGAACGGCAAGUGGAAAAAGGGCAAGUGGAUCGCGCCGGAUGCCAACUCAAAGGUGACGAAGAUGCGCGUUCUACAGAAGAUCGAGGUUAGUCUGUUUGCUGUGCUAGGCGAAGUCUUCGAGUUCGACGGCAUCGGUAUGGUACGUCGUCAGAUCUUUUCGAUGACUCGGUCGUUUAUCAAGGCUUUCCUCGGUGCCUCACACUUCCGGAUGCUGGAGCGACAAUUCCUCUCUUUCACGGACCCAAAGAAGCUCUCGGGUUGGAUUGGUGACCUCCGACUGUACAUUUUCCCAGACCCAAACGAUGCCAGUGUUGUGCCACCUCCGCCUCCUGACAUGCACGUUCUCCGCAAAGACUGUCUCGAAGCAAUCCUUGCCAGCUUCCCCUCAAAGGCGCUGUCGCUGUUCGGCGAUACAGCUUGUGAGAAUGCGGCACUCAAGUUGCACGAGUUCCUCCAGCACGAGGUGUUCGUCAAGAAUCUGCUCUUUAGCAUCACGGACGAGCUGCUUGUGCAUCUCUUCCCAGACUCGUCCACAUUUAAGGGCAAGAAAGUAUCGGGAGGGUCCUCAACAGCAUCCAACCCUUUGUCCCCCUCGGCUAUCGAGGUCGCCACUACCAUCGCAAAGGAGGUUGUUGCUGCGUCGAUAGAUGAUGACGCAGCCGGUCUGGCCACUCCGCCACUGUCGCCGAUUCUGGUAGCCUCCCCCACCGACAAGAAACUCAAGGUUGUCAUCUAAAAAAAAGUGAAAUUCCGAAGAAUAAAAUGUGAAAUUUACGAAUGCGAGACGACUGCUGCGGCUGUGGGGCGCUUGUGCUUGGUGCCACCUUCCUCCUGAUCCUUGAUGGAUCGCUCCAAUGCAGCCAAUUUCUGUGCGACGCGGCUUUUCUUCUUGGUGCGGGCGUGCUGGUUGAUCUCCUUGAGUCGCUCUUUGCCGUGCGCCUUGACGUCGCUCAGAGCCAGCGACGUGCCGGCUUGCAGCACGCGACUGGCCAUGAUGUUCUCCAGAUUUUGAUUGAUGAAGCCCGUGACAGCCUUGCUGCCGUGGUUCUUCAUACCGCUGCAGCCACGACGGAUCUCUGUGGUAGGGUCUGCAUGUUGGCGUAUUUAGUGGUGAGGUUUUAGUUGACAAGGACCAUAGAAUAUGUAACGUACUGCCUUUCUUGGUGAACUUGGCCGCGGA